GCUCCAUGAUUGUAAAAAUGUGUUGAAUUAGUUGAAACUACAGACUCUUUGAUAGACCAACUACGACCCAACAUUCAUACUUGUCGAAACCAUUAUUCUCAUAUCUCCAGAAACCAAAACCAACUACGAACAACGUAUGAAACAAAUCGAUGGCAGAGAAAGGAAAGCUUACCUUUCUCUGCUAUACUUUGCCGUCAUUCUUCUACCCGUAUUCCUUCUCGGAUGCUAUCUUUACAACGAGAAGCAGCUGAGGAUUGGCCAGUUUCAGGAAUUCAAGACACAUAACCUGCAAGAACACAUCAGUCCACCACAACAAAGCAAAGAAGAUAAAGACAAGAAGACUGAUGUUGUUCCAUUAGAAGCCUGCGAUGUUUUCACAGGAAAAUGGGUUCUUGAUAACAUCACACAUCCUUUAUACAAAGAAGAUGAAUGUGAGUUUCUCUCAGAGUGGGUGGCAUGUACGAGAAACGGGAGACCAGACUCUAAGUACCAGAAAUGGAGAUGGCAACCUCGAGAUUGCUCUUUGCCAAGGUUCGACGGAAAGCUGCUGCUAGAGAAACUCAGGGGAAAGAAACUGAUGUUCGUUGGUGAUUCAAUACAUUACAAUCAGUGGCAAUCCAUGGUUUGUAUGGUCCAAUCCUUGAUUCACUCAGGCAAAAAGACCUUAAAACACACAGCACAAAUGUCAAUCUUCAACACAGAGGAGUACAAUGCGACCAUAGCAUUUUACUGGGCACCUUUCUUAGUAGAAUCAAACACUGAUCCUCCAGACAAGAGAGACGGGAAGACUGAUCCAGUAAUCAUACCGCAAUCAAUCUCGAAACACGGCGAGAACUGGAAAGACGCAGACUACCUUGUAUUCAACACCUACAUAUGGUGGACCAGACAUUCCAAGAUCAAAGUUCUAAAACAAGAAUCUUUCAACAAAGGUGACUCAAAAGACUACGAUGAAAUCGGAAUCUAUAUCGUAUACAAACAAGUGUUAUCAACAUGGACAAACUGGCUAGAACAAAACAUAAACCCAAAUCAAACAUCAAUCUUCUUCAGCAGCAUGUCACCAACUCAUAUCAGAAGCUCAGAUUGGGGAUUCAAUGAAGGAAACAAGUGCGAAAAAGAGACAGAACCAAUACUAAAUAUGUCAAGACCAAUAGAUGUUGGAACAAAUCGAAGACUUUACGAAAUCGCAGUGAAUGUAACGAAAUCAACAAAAGUGCCGAUACAUUUCCUCAACAUAACGACAAUGUCAGAGUAUAGAAAAGAUGGGCAUACCUCAUUUUACGGUUCGAGAAGUGGGAAACUCAUAACGCCGGAGCAGAAAUUGGAUCCGAGAACUUUUGCUGAUUGUUAUCAUUGGUGUCUUCCGGGAUUGCCUGAUACAUGGAACGAGUUGCUCUCUCUGUAUAUUAUCUACAAAAGUUGAUGUUUUUUCGAUUGAAUGUGAUAAAGUUGAAAAAUU